CUCAGCUUGGUGUUUGGACAGUCACACUGUUUGUCACUCUACAUCCUGAAGGGGAUACACACGGUUUGAAGGAGCAGAGAGACAGAGAGGGAGACAUUGCCAUGACGACCGAAUACCAUGACGAGGCUCCAGACGACAGCAGCUCCUUCUGGAACAAAGAGCCUGCUCCAGUCUAUUACUCAGGUGUCUCCAAAUACAGACGCUGGUUGUUUCCUGCUCUGACAGCUACAGUCAUCCUGGUUCUGAUCAUAGCAGUGGGAGCCACCAACACGAAUAUAUUGAGCCGAUUGUGGUCUGCGGACAAAAGUGUUUCCAACUUGACUGAGGCAAUGAGCGCCACGCACCAGCUCUCCAAAGAUGCAGCAAAAGACGUCCACCGCCUGAAGUUUGCUGUGGAGAGCAACAGGGACCAGCUGACCUCAGUGGCAGAGGCACUGAAGCAGCUGUCAGCUGUGGACUCUCUCACCAAGACGGUCACCGAGCUCAAAUGUGCCAUCGAACGCAUCAUCAACAACAGUUCAGUAGCGGGUGGCUGUUGUCCUCUGGGUUGGGAAACUUUUGGUUCCAGCUGUUAUUUAUUCAGCAAGACACCUCUGAACUGGCACGAUGCCAGAGACUGGUGCAAUGGACACGAAUCUCACCUGGUCAUACUCAACACCGACGAGGAGUGGGAAUUCAUAAAACAACAUACCAUGGGUGCCUUCCAUUGGGUGGGUCUGACUGAUGAGAGAGGGGAGUGGGAGUGGGUCAACCAGACACCAUACAUCAUGAACCGGAGGCGGUGGAAACCCGGUCAGCCUGACUCCUGGACUGGUCAUGGUUAUGGCCAUGGAGAUGAAGACUGCGCUCACCUUCACAGCGACGGACGCCUUAAUGAUUUGCACUGCUCCCCAAGUUACGCUAUAUCUGCCAGAGACACAACCAGCACAGCUAAAGAACAUCGCGUCUGUCCGGGCUGCACCCACCCACUGCUCACAUCCACUGUAAUCUGUAAAAUAACCAUUAAAUAAUUUGAUCCCAACA